UAAUUUCCUAACCUCUCCCAGCAGCCUCUUUCUCUUCUCUCCUCUCCUCACUUCACCUUCUCUCUUUCCCUCUCUCAAUUCUUUCAUAUCUUUCACUAAUUCUUUAAUCGCAUCUUUCUGUCCAUAUUUUUCUUUAAUUGAUAAUGGAUUUUUGGUCUUGCUCACAAGAUUUUAACCAUCGGAUAAGUAAAUAAAUUUUAUUAGUAUAUUUUGUAGGUAUUAACCUUGACAUAAGCCCUUUUCCCAGUAACACUCUCCUCCUCGUCUACUAGCGGAAAACACCGUCAUCGUCGCCGCCGUCGUCAAAUGCCUACUCCACUCCCUCUCCUCCUCUUCAUUUUUUCCUUCCUCAUCAACGCUCCUCCAAAUCACGCUGAUCUCAUACUAGAAGACGGCUACACAGUAACAACAGUAAUCGACGGUCAUAAACUGAAAAUAAGUCCACACUCAGUCCUCCCUCGUUCUCAUCUCUCCGAUCUCGUCCUCCUUGAUUCUUCCCGUAGUGCCUUCUACACCCUAUCAUUCCCCAUUUCUCAAGACAGUGUGAUUAACCGGUUAUCUGGAGAUAGUGUUCCCGGGUUUUCCGAUGGCGAAGCGGGUUCUGCCCGGUUUAACAAACCGAAGAGUUUUGCAGUUGAUAACAAAGGGAAUGUUUAUGUUGCUGAUAGAAACAAUGGUGCUAUAAGAAAGAUAACUGAUUCAGGAAGGACUAGUACUAUUGCUGGAGGGUACUCUAAGGGAGUGGGUCGUGAGGAUGGUCUCGCGCAGAAUGCUACAUUUUCGAGUGAUUUUGAUUUGGCUUUUGUUGCUCAAGAAUGUGCUUUGCUGAUUUCUGAUCACGGGAAUCAACUUGUUCGUCGAAUUGAUCUUAAGCCUGAUGAUUGUGCUUCUGGUUCUAAACAAUCUGCAAUGGGAGCAGUUCCAAUUUGGGUUCUAGGACCUGGGCUGGUCCUCUCAUGUUUAAUUGGAGUUGCCAUUGGGUUUGUGGUCCGCCCCCACAUUGCACCUCAUGGAGGCUCCGGUCCACUUCAUUGGAGCGAGACAUGGAGGCUUUGCCAAAUCAAUCUGGUGAAACCAGUACUGAUGUUCUCCUUCGUCAUCAGAAGCGCAAUUGCUGAAUCCAGGCUAUGUGCACUCCUGAGGAGGCUCUUACAGCUGAGUCUGUCUCAUUUGUCACUUAUGUUUAGGAUUAACACUGUAGGUUCUCAAACUUCUAACAACCGUAUAGUUUCUCAAAUUCCGAGCAAGGCCUUAGUAUCGUUGCUUGAUUCUGAUGUAAAUAGUUCCGAGAUGGAAACAUCACAGCUUUGUGCUGAAUUAAAGGAUUUGUUGAGCUUUAAUGAACCCAUCCAAUCUUCAAACUCGAAGGACAGUGUCGUCUCCGAGAUCAGAGAGCAGGGUCAGCUGGGGGGUGAUGUUUCGUAUAAUGGCAACCGAAGGUUAGAUACCAUGAUAGAGGCAAACAUAAUGGGAUUCGCUAAGGUGGCUAAAGAAACACCAAUUGUACUGGAUAGGUCUUUUAUAGAGACUCGAGGUUUAACGAAGAGGAGAUGAGUAACUUGCAGGGUCCGUAAGUGCGUAGGUUUUCAUUUCCACGAGACUUGUACCUAUGUAUUGUUAUUCUCAACUAAGGUGUUUAUGAUUAUAGGCUUAAUUAUUUAAAAACCACCCACCUUGUAAUUUUUUUUCAUUUAUACCAUGACCUAGGAAAAUUUUCAAUUGUA